AUGACAGACGCAGCACUUCACGGUGACAAGCUCAACGAAGAGCGAGCAUUCAUCAAGCGAUAUACCGAAGGACUCUCUUCUCACAAGGUAGAAUAUCCCGCAGACUUCUCUACCCCUCUCCAAGAUAGACCUAGGAAAGUAGCUGUAGUAGGUGUAGAAGUUGCUGAACCACCUUCAGCGGAGGGUAUGGAUGUUGAUACUCCUUCACAAGAUACCGUAACAAUCACUAUAAAAUGUCUCAAACCCUCUCUCACUUUACCUAUCACCGCGAAUCUUACCGAUACAGUCACCGACCUCAAAUCACAAAUCGCCAAAUCAGCCGCUACAGCGCCUUCAGCAGAUAGUCAGAGGCUAUUACUCAAAGGAAAAGCUUUGACCGAUACCAAAUUGCUUAAAGAAUACGAUAUAAAAGAUGGAGCGAUCUUGCAUCUCAUGGUCAAAGUUGCUACCACGAAGGAACUGACUUCUGACGAAGCUACUUUCACUGCGCCAUCUUCUACCUCACCCGCCCCUCCCGCGCUGACCAUUACGACUUCGAUUGAUGGGAUCGAACCGGGAACUUCAAUGCCUCUUACCAAUAUUGAUUCGGCCGCCCCACCCCUCGGUCCCCAACCUCAAGUAUCCUCAGCAUCUUUCCAUCAGACUAUCGCCGACCCUCAAUUCUGGCAGAAGAUACAUGCCUUGUGUGUGAGCGAAUUCCCACUUGAGGAUGAGGCGGAUGCGGCGUGGGAGACGUUCUUGGUUUCGAUGAAAGGGAAAUUGAGUGCUGGGGAAGCAGCGAAGAUUAGGGAUGUUGUUGGUGUGACUGGAAUGGGCGGACAGAUGGCGACUUAA